GGUGGAGCAGAGUAGCUGACACCCAGAUCUGCCCUCCAAAAAGAAAACUGUAUCCACCCUGAUGAAUGGGAAGUCGCUGUUUAAAUAGCAAAGGGACCUCAACUCCUUUCUGUGGACUAUUCGGCGUGACCCCCCGGCCUACUUGUUUGGCACCAUCCACGUCCCCUACACCCGCGUCUGGGACUUCAUCCCGGACAACUCCAAGGCAGCCUUCCAGGCCAGUGCCCGUGUCUACUUCGAGCUGGACCUGACGGACCCCUACACCAUCACAGCGCUGGCCAGCUGCCAGCUGCUGCCCCACGGGGAGAACCUGCAGGACGUGCUGCCCCGCGAGCUCUACUGGCGCCUGAAGCGCCACCUGGACUACGUGAAGCUGAUGAUGCCCUCCUGGAUGACGCCGGCGCAGAGGGGCAAGGGGCUGUACGCUGACUACCUGUUCAAUGCCAUCGCGGGCAACUGGGAGCGCAAGAGGCCCGUGUGGGUGAUGCUGAUGGUGAACUCGCUCACGGAGACCGACGUGCGUUCCCGGGGCGUGCCCGUGCUCGACCUGUACCUGGCCCAGCAGGCCGAGAAGAUGAAGAAGAGCACAGGGGCCGUGGAGCGGGUGGAGGAGCAGUGCCAUCCACUCAAUGGGCUCAACUUCUCCCAGGUGCUGUUUGCCCUGAACCAGACCCUGCUGCAGCACGAGAGCGUGCGGGCUGGGAGCCUGCAGGCGCCCUACACCACGGAGGACCUCAUCAAGCACUACAACUGCGGGGACCUCAAUGCCGUCAUCUUCAACCACGACACGUCACAGCUGCCCAACUUUAUCAACACAACGCUCCCGCCGCACGAGCAGGUGACAGCCCAGGAGAUCGACAGCUACUUCCGCCAGGAGCUCAUCUACAAGCGGAAUGAGCGCAUGGGGAAGAGGGUCAUGGCACUUCUUCAGGAGAACGAAGACAAGAUCUGCUUCUUUGCCUUCGGAGCAGGUCACUUUCUGGGGAACAACACAGUCAUUGACGUCCUCCGACAGGCGGGGCUGGAGGUGGAGCACACACCCGCGGGGCAGACCAUCCACAGCCCUGCCGCCAGGAGCCCUGCACCCCCAUCCGAGAGGACCUCAGCGAGCCCGGCCCCCGUGACCCCGCCUGCCGCCGUCCCCGCAGCACCCUCGGUGACCCCCACCGCCCCGCCUGAGGAGGAGGACCCAGCCCUAUCCCCACACCUCCUGCUCCCCGACAGCCUCAGCCAGCUGGAGGAGUUUGGGCGGCAGAACAAGUGGCACAAGAGGCAGAAUAAACAGCAGCGGCCGCGGCAGUUCAAUGACCUCUGGGUCCGCAUCGAGGACAGCACCACCGCCUCGCCACCCCCGCUGCCCCUCCAGCCCACGCACAGCUCCAGCUCCGGGACCGCCAGGCCCCUCUUCCAGCUCUCCGACCAGCUCCAGCCGCAGGAAGAGCCGGGGUCCGCCAGCGGCUCAGUGUCUGCCCACUCACAGCCGGCCCUGGGCCUCCUCCCGGCCGUCAUCGCUGCCAGCUUUGCAGCCCCCUUCCUGCUGCACACCCUCGGGCCCUCCUGACCUCGGCUGCCAGGGCAGAGAAGCCAGAGAAACCGUAGGAGGGUCUG